AGCUGUUAGUGUGGCACCACCAGUGUUUUCUUCACUCAAAAGUGAUUUAGGGUCCAAAGCAAUUUCCCAACAAUCUUGUUUUCUGGCUAAAAGGAAAAAUCCCAACCUACAGAAACGGAGGAGUAGAUGGUCGGACCGCGAUUAAAUGCAAGGACACGCAGUUAGCAAGUAACAUGGACACCGCAACACCGAGGGAAACCCAGAAGAACGCGAAUCCGAUCGAGGCGCUGAGCAAAGAUGAAAUCAUCACCAAAUACAAAGGCCUGCUCAGCAUAGCCAAGAAAGCAAAGCAGGCAAAGGAUGAGCUCACCGAAGAAAACCGCCUACUCAAGGAGGCCCUUAAGCGGGCGGCGGAGAAACAGAGCAGCCUGCCAGUCAUGCAGGAGAUGGUACAGGACUUCACCGACAAGAACCUAAUCCUCACCGAGCAAGUGAACACCCUGAAGCAAAAGACCAAGGAGGAUGCCGACCGCUUGGCGCAAUUCGAGAUCGAGAACGAGAGUCUGAAGCGCCAGCUUGGGCGGCUGAGUGACGAGAACGAUGAUCUCCUUGCGGAUGUGGAUCGCAUGGAGAAGGCCAUGCAACAGGUCAAUGCCCUGGGCAACGAGCAGCGCAAGAAUCUGGAACUCUUAGAGGUGGACAUUGCCAAGUUAAAGGAAGCGGAGGCGGAAAACGCCAGCCUUCGCCAGCAACUGGCCACGGUGACCGAGGACUCGACGAUGCUGCAGCAGAAGUACCAAAGCGUCAAGGAGAUAAACUCUGAGCAGCGUAAAAAGUUCAACUCCCUUAAGGAUCGCUUCAUCGACGUCUACCGCAAGCUGAAGAACCUCAAGGAGUGCAAGUGCGUGCUAUUGGAGACGCAACACGAGUACGCCGCCUCUAUUUCCAAGUGGCAGGUGGAGAUCAUCAAGGCCUCGCAGCUCCUGUGCGGAAAGAUGUCGUCCCUACAGGCCGAGAAUGAAAAACUAAAGCAGGACACCGAAAUGGCAAGAAAGAAUCGUAGCAAUAACGACAAUGGAUUCGAUCGUAAGCGAUUGCUGCAAAGGAUUCAGGAGUUGGACCGCCUGGCAAAAAUGGUAAAACAGCAAAGGAGUCAUCUGGAUGUGGAGCGUCUUCUGAAGAAGCUAAAUGCCAUUGAAAAGUUGGCAAGCAUUGUUAAGGACCAGCAAAAAUUGGCAGAUGUAACAGGAGAGCAACAGAAGAACAAUAACCAUUCCACCAACCUGAAUGUUGACCUUUUCCAGGCCAAACUUAACCAGAUGCAAAAUCUUGUUCAAGUCAUUGAAAAGGAGCGCAAUAAUCAGCAGAGAAAGCUGCAGGAUCUGGAAGCCAUUUGCUUAGAACUGCGCCAGCACAACGAGGACUUGCUCACUCGCUUCCACCUCAAGGAGCAGGAGCAUGGUGAGUUGCUGACCGAGAUGCGGGAACUAAACGAGGCGCUAAAAGGACGUGGUGACGCCAUUUCCCGCCUCCAGGAGCAACACGAAGCGGAGGUUAAACGACAGCGGGAUUUGGAGGCCCAACUAACCAGCAGUCAGCAGGCGGUGCAGGAGAAGUCUCAGAAGGUAAACCAACUUCAGAGUCGUGUUGAGGAGUUGGAACAGGCCAACGCUGAUGCCCAGAGUGAUGUCCUGUCCACAUCGACGAUAUCACGUGCCGAGGAACUAAGCCGCUUGCGGGAACUGGACGAGGGCUACGAGGAGAAGUACCACAAACUGAGGGCCCUGGCUGCCAAGCUGAAAAAGAAGCUGCAGGAGCAGACGCAGCAGCUGAAGGAGAUGGAGCAGAGCGGCGCCCUGAAGCAGGAGUUGGAGGCGGUCAAAUUGGCCCAGGUCCAACUGCAGCAGGACCUUAACGCUGCCCGGGCAGAAAAUCAGAAGCUAAGGUCCAAGGAAAAAACGAAGCACUCGAGUGUGCUCAACCUGGAGAUUGAAGCGGCCGAAAAGUCCCUGACCGAAGUUAGUGCCAAGCUGUUGGCCAAGUCCAGUGAGCUGGACGCUGUCAGGGAAUCGCUGGCCAGCAAGGAAAACACAAUCGUUCAGCUGCGCAAAGAGAUUGCCAUCCUAGAAGAGGCCAAGAACGGAGAGGCGACCCACUCACUACAGCUGAAAGAGCAAAUUGAUCGCAUGCAGGUGCAGGUCAAGGACGCUGUUCAUAGCAAGCAACAGGCGCUCACUCAGAACAAGGAUUUGGAACAGAGUGUUGAAAAGGCGAAACUGGAGGCGGAGCAGUUGCGUCUUCAAUUGGCGGAAAGCGCGCAGCAGUACGAAUCCAGAUUAAAUACUGCCACCCAACAGCUAACAACGCGAACAGAGGAGCUUGAGAUGCACUUGGCAGAACAAAUGCGAUUGGAGACGGCACUCCGGAAUGCGGAACGGGCUCAAGAUGAUCUUAGAGUGGAAUACACCGAAUACAAGUUGAAGGCACAGUCGGUGUUGCGCAAAAACCAAAGUAAGGGCUCCAACCGGGACCAAGAGUUGGAAGAAGAGUUAGUCAGCCUACGGGAAAGUGAACGCAAUCUACGGGCCAGCAAUGAUGAAAAAGCUGCACGCCUAGCCCAGAUGGAUGGUCAGAUAGAGGCACUGAGGCAGGACAACGCUGAUCUGCAAAGGCGCAGCAAAGAGCUCCUCACACUGGUGGACGAACUGCGGCAACAAAACGACCUGCUGACGCUGGAGAACCAACGCCAACUGCAAUUCCAACACGACCUGAUGCAACAGCAUCGCCAACAAGUCGAUCAACUGGACGCCGGACACCAGUUGCAAUUGAAGAAGCUGCAGCAGCAGUUGGAGGACGCACAGCAGAAGCAGAUCAACGUGUCCCAGCAUAGCAGCGCGUCCGGCGUGAGUGGAGAGCCCAGUCCGGAACAGGCUAAGAUCGAUUACUUGCUCAUGGACCACGAGCCAGGUGUGGAUAGCCAUGUGGGCGAUGCUUCCCUGGCGCAUCUGGCUGCUCAGCGAAAGAUCUCCACUGCCUCGAGACGAUCGCACGACUUUAUGCCGCUUGACGAGCUGCUCAACACUUCCAUGAACCAAAUAACCAGUGACACAGUAACUACCAUCACCAAUUUCGGUCGCAGCGUCUCCCAGCAGGAGGAUGAAGAAGCGGAGAUGGCCGCACGCGGGGACUUCUCCGUCCAGAGUGCCCAAUUGCAGGCGACAAAGGAGCGCUUGGGUAUACAAGAAAGUCGCGUCAAGCACUUGACUUCCCUGUUGGCUGAAAACGAGCAGGAUCUGGCCAAACUGAACCAGAUGAACGACAUGCUUAAGGAGGAAUUGCGCCGCCAAGAGCGUUCUGAGGAGCGGGAACAGCAUAUGCACAACUCCGAGUAUUUAAAGAACGUCUUCAUGAAGUUCCUUACACUUAACAACGUGGACGAGCGGCAACGUUUGGUUCCCGUGCUUAAUACAAUUCUCCGUCUGAGUCGCAACGAGAUGGAGAUGCUCAACUCUGUAGCCAAAGGACAGAAGGUAUCUGCAGAUGGCAGCAGUCGCAGCUGGACGGGAUUCCUCUCUGCGUGGAGUGGAGGAGGCGCCGCCAAUAACAAUAACUAGCUGUCAUCCUAAAAUAUAAAUGAUAAUUUUUGGUAUUAUUGGAUGUGGAUAUUCGCCAGUCAUUGAACAGUUGCAUAGCAUAGGUUCUGUAAAUCUUGUACAAUUUCUUUUUAUAUUUAUGUAUUUUAAAAUUGCCCGUUGCUAUUUGGCACGCCGUACUUUGUACACUCGUAUAUAUAUGUUCAUAUCCGUUGUAUUGAGUGUCCUAUACAGCACUCUCUGAGCAAUACACACACAUUGUAGAUUGAAGUCCGUUUCGGUUUCUUUUCAUAGUUUCUUUAAUUUGAAAUUCUAUUACCAUAUAGAUCAGACUAUAAAUCAGAUGCAUUGUCUAUAAAUUAGUAUUCCAUUACAUGUAUUGUAUGUACUAUAUAUAAAUAGGAUCGGUAAUUAUGCAUACAUUUACACUUAUGAACGGUGUAUAUUGUUCACACACAAUAUAAAAUAUCAUUAACAUAAACCUAACAUAAAAAUGAUUAAAACCAAAUCUGAGUAAA